UUUCCCUCCCCACGCACAGACCCUCCCUGCCCUGCCCUCCGGCUCCUAAGGCUGUUCCUGCCUCAUCCCGCAGCGCUGUGCCCUCCUUGUGCCACCCAACAGGGACCACAGGGCAGACGUGCCCCAGGUGUAGGCAUCCCCCUGUGCCUGCACCCAUGUGGGUGUAGACCCCCCCCCAAAUCAGCUCCCACCCCUCAGGACCCCCCCUCAGUGCCAGAACUGGAGCCACUGAAGCCACCAAACUCCCCCUCUGUCCCCCCAGACCCAGGCAGCCAAAGCUCCCCAGGCCACCACUUCCCUUUUCUCUGUAGCCUUCCCCUGAGGCAACACCAAAAGGAGUUAGAACCCCCCCCCGGGGGGGUGGGCACUGACUCCUGGCUCCAUCCAGGGCCCACAUGCAGGCUCAAGGGCUGCGUGGGCGUUGUGCCAGCCUGGACCUGGGUACCCCUGGACCCCCUGCCCCCAUGCCGGACACUUCGGGGGGCUGCUUGCCUCCACCCAGCUCAGCUCUCAUCUACAGCAACGUGGGACAGCUGCGAGCCCACCUCGUCCCCCACAAGGCCAGCCGAGGGGAAGGAGCUGCGAGACCCUCCCCUCCCCCUGCCCAGGACCCCCCUCCGCUGCCUAAGAAGCAGCUGCAGCGAGCAGAGUCCCUGCCGGAGCCGGGAGCGGCGCAGCACUGCCGGGGGGGCUCCCUGCCACGGGCCAGCAGCAUCCUCUACAGCGCCCCUGCGCCCCACCUGCAGCAGCAGCAGCAGGAGGGGGGUGCCGGCUCCAGCCUCCCUCGGCCCAGCCCCAUCUGGGGACCCAAGAAGCUGCUGACCAAGUCGCGAAGCCUGGAGGAAGCGCUGGGCUGGAGCUGCUCAUCCCCCAGCCCGGCAGGCUUUGGGCUGGCAGAUGGGGAGCUGGGGCAGCUCCUGGAGAGCGCAGCUGGGGUGUGGGAGGUGGUGCUGGGGUGCCAGGAGGCUACCCUGGGCCGGCUCUCAGCCCGUAUCUCGGAGGAGCUGCUGGGGCAGGAGGAGCAGCAGCAGCUGCUGGAGGCAGAGCUGGCAGGGAAGAGCUGGGCAGCCCUCAGCAUCCUGCAGCCAGAGCCCUGCUGCCAGAGCAGGGACGCUUGGUACUUCCCGGUGGGCUUCACUCUGGGCCAAACCCAGCUGGUGCUGGCAGCCAAGGGCAAGCUCUGA